AUGUGAGAGUCAAACAUGGCGCGGUUUCUGAGGCCUAACAUCAGGAGUUUUAUCAACUCACAGCUGAGAAUGUCAACCGACCAGUUGGGUGAGCUGGGUAAAGGUGCAGGCAAAGGUGGGGGAGGUGGAGGGUCCAUCAGAGAGGCAGGUGGAGCCAUGGGGAAGAAGCAGGCCGCUGAGGAGGAGAUGUACUUCAAACGUAAGGAGCAGGAGCAACUGGCUGCAUUGAAGCAGCACCACCAGGAGGAAAUUGAUCACCACAAAAAGGAGAUUGAACGUCUGCAGCGCGAGAUUGACCGCCAUAAGGGAAAGAUCAGGAAGCUGAAGCAUGAUGACUGAGUGAAACCUCCCUAAAAGCAAAAGUUGCUGUUUUUCCCACCGUCCCAGUCGGACACCUUUUACUAAUUACUUGGUUUGCUGCGUGCGCUGUGUCACCGGGCCAGUCAGGAAUGUGUGGGAGAUAUUUCUGUAAAUGCUAUGCUAGUUAUUAAAGCCCUUCACAAAACGAAUAUUGUUUCUAUAGCAUGCUGUGACGUAAGUUGUACAACUUUUUCAGCCAUUUCCCCUGUUUUGGAGAAGUCCGUGUAUAAAUAAAUUUGUAAUGGCAUUGGCAA